AAACUUAAACAGAAAUUUGUAAGUUAAUUGAGGUAAAAAUUUAAAAAUAAAUUUAUUUAAACAUUACAGGAGUUGAUGGACAAAAUUAAACUUUCCUCCAUAAAAGGAUUAUAACUCUUAGAACUUGAUAAAAAAAAAAAUUAAAAUGGGAAAUUAAACAAAAUACGAGGGAUAUUUUGGUCAGAUUGUAAAAGUGUCGGCUUCCACCCCAGACGGUACACUGGUCCCUCUCCCUCCUCUAUUUCCAUGUCUCACUUUCCCUUAUCCCUGUACAAAAAUUAUUCUGUUUCCUCUCCUUCCCACUAUAUAUUCGGUCUUCAGUCUACUCAACCAGAGUUGCAGCUAACAAUGGUAAAACAUCACUUUCACUUCCUCUCUCUCUCGUGCUUGUGUUUUGUGCUUUUGAACUCUUCUGACUCUCUGCUUGAAGAGGCAAUGCUGCUGUGCUGGGCAACAGAGCAUGUGAUGUGAGAGGAGCUGCACACCUCUUUUCAACGUUUUCCAUAUUUUCUUCUGGUCUUUUAACUCUUCCCUUUUAGUUUAAAAUAGAGUAUCUAGAUCUCUCUCUCUCUCUCUCUCUUUCUCUGGUAACCUCACUGGACUUCUCUCUUACAUCAAUUAAUCCCAGUGGGAAUACACAACACAGGCUCAUGGUUCUCCAGGAAGAUGGCUGGCCUCUUGGCCUCAGACCAGUGAAUGCUAGAGUUGGGUUGUUAAGAAAUCGGGAUUUCAAUGGAUCAAUUUCAUGUAGCACUUUGCUUACUGGUUCUCCUAGCUCCACCACCGAUUCUUCCUCAGAUCUUGAUACGGAGUCUACUGGAUCUUUCUUCCAUGAAAAAAGCAUCACAUUUGGGAGCUUGAUUGGAGUUUCUAGCAUUCUAGAACUCUCAAGAAGGUCAGCCAGGAGAAGAACAACAGAAGCCUUAAGAGACCAGAAGAAUUGCAAGUCAAAACAUUGGUUCUUCUCAUUAUGCUCAAAGUUGAGCACUGAUGCUGUUAACACAAACCACACUCCUUCUCUUGGUCACUUUCUUGAUGCAGAAAGGAAAGCAGCCAACAUUCAGAGGAGUGAUGGUCCAAUAGCAUAUGCACCUAAUGAUUUCUCCCCAGUUCUACACAAUUCAGAUAUGAAUUCUCUCUUUGUCGGUGGUCAGGUUGCUCGUCAAUCAAGUUCAUCACUGGGGGCAGAUGGGGGAAGAAGAUCCAACACAGAAUUAUUAGAACAUGGCAAUGGAUAUGGACUUCCAUUAUUGUUUACAUGUUUGUGUGGACAACUCAUUGAAUGAUGACUUCCUGUCGAACAUUUUUUAUGUUUCUUUCUUAUUGGGUUCUGUUAAUCACAUUGCAUUUCUGCAGGAGGAACCCUGCAACGUCGCACAGGAAAAUUCAACUG